AUGUGUCCCCUGCUUGCUCUGCCUGCUCAGAGGACGUUGGUCUCCCUGAACUUCGGGACGGCUGCAGAUCUCCCGCCUGUGCGCGCCCCCCCGUCCCCGUCCCCACCUCAGGACGGAUCCGAACUCCUGAGUCCGCGGCUGGAGAUGAACACCAUGAAGUUGCUGGCGAUGCCUCUUCUCAUCGCGUUAUUGCAGGGUCCUGUCUGUCUGUCACUGACUGUAAGCAGCAGUAAACCCAGUGUGGAGGUCCAUGAGCACACAGACGCAGUGCUGGCCUGUGAGUUUAGGACACAGCAAGAUCAGCACCCUCGAAUCGAGUGGAAGAAGAUAGGAAAGGUGGUGACGUUUGUGUACUUUGACCACAAAUUUACCGGGUCUUACGCAGGACGGGCCAAGAUAGAGGGAGCGACGCUGACGAUACACUCUGUUACUCAGAGGGACUCGGGGGAGUACCGCUGUGAGGUGACUGCCGUCGAGGACCACAUCAGCCUGGGAGAGGCCACUGUAACCCUCAAUGUGCUUGUGCCUCCUCAUGUCCCGUCCUGCGAGGUGCCGAGCUCGGUGUUUGUCGGCUCAGACCUAGAGCUUCUCUGUAAAGACAAACUGAGCGUGCCUCCUGCCACCUACCGCUGGUACAAAGACAACAGGGCUCUGACGGCCACGGCAGACACGCCAUACAGCAUUGACACAAACAAGGGCACGCUGAAGUUUAAGAGCGUGUCCAAAACAGACACGGGGAUGUACCGCUGUGAGUCCUCCAACAGUGUAGGGGCGCCCAAGAGUUGUGUGGCCCAACAACUGAAAGUUACUGAAUAUCCUUUGAAUAUGACAGUUUUGAUAACAGGUGCUGCAGGUGUUCUGCUGCUCAUCCUCCUCUUCUGCAUCUGUGUGUGUGUCUGCCGACGCCGAGGCUGCUGCAAGAAGGAAAAGAAAACGAAAAGCACCAAGUACUACAACCCUCCUCCUCCUCCUCCUCCUCCUCCUCCCGCUCGCAAUCUCAAGCACUACAAACAAACUAAGUCCUUCAUGAUCUGA